AUGCUUCGGUUUCCGGCAAAGCACGUACAGUAUAUCGGUCGAGGUCUUUUGAGUAGGUUUCUUGCGAUUUUCCGUUUUCUCCGUUUGUGGUUUCCCUUAACCUCAUAGAGUUGCAUAAAUCUUCCUUUAUUUGUAUUCACUGGGCACAUCUGAACUGCUAUAUAUGGCAGUUUUUUUCAGGGCUCUGUAGAAGCUUCAGUGAACCAGUAAGUUAACAAGCUGUGUAGAAACGCUGCGUGUGUGGAUUCAGAAAUCUUGUGGUGUAGGCAUUUUAUUCUCAGUCUGCCGCUUCUGAUAGAUAUUGUUGGCGGCCACACAUUCGCGAAAGCUGACGACUCUGAGCUACUGCUGUAGCAAACUUCUUCCACUCAAUCAGUGGACUAUUUACAUAACAUGCCCUUGUGUUUGUAUAUUUUUGCCUUUCUCCCACUUAUAUGAAUUACUCGUGCUAGCAGCCCCUGACUCACCUGCCCUCCUUGGAACUCUUAUUAAUGUAAUGACUUGGAAGACUAAGCUCUAUAGGUACUAAAAAUGACUGCGUACCAGCCAAACGCAACGGUUUUUUAGUUUUUAGCAAGUUUUAUUCGAACUGGGUUAUCAAUUGGAAGGAUGAACGUACCAUGCAGUCGUUAGCUGUGGAGCCGAGAUUGGUUUUUUCGUCCAUGUGGACCAUUUGGCUCCGCAUCAGUCAGUCGGUUAUGCAGCGAUGCGCCGUGUACUCUAGCUCGGAUGUUGUGUAUCCGGCGUCUCAACUCUUAAAAAGAAUAUGAUGCAUUAGGUGUUUAAUUUGACAUGCGGCCUACCUACAAGAAGCAUGUUUGUUUUCGUUUUAUUGCCGCCUCGCUUGUCACUUUUGUCGUUCUGGUUGAUUAGACGUGAUAGUUCGUCUGCAAUGAUAGUUCGUCGGUUGACCAUAUAAGGUGCCGUACGACCAUCGAAACCUUGUAGAUAGGUCACCCAUGUUGCUACCAGCAACUACAUCGUUCUUAUAAUUACAAGGACGCUUGUUUAUGUGAUCCCCCAAAGCGAGAUACAAAUCCUAACGUGCAAAAGAAAUUGAUGGGAGGAUCUCCAUCGUAUGCGGCUUUCUUCUCAUCCGUAGACUGUACAGUUUUUGACGAACACGCACUGGUGAGUAUCUCACCCACCGACGGGCUUCGACGUAAAUGAACUCCUCUCCGUUUCUGUGUACAUUUAUUUGUCUGGUUUCUUCCAUAAUUUUAUCACGCGCCUGAUUACCCUGUUAGGAUAUACGAUCCCUGAAGAACUUCGCACUCAUUUUAACAUGUUAAACUAGAAAAGCGCACGCCAGCCAGGGGAGUGUCAUGUGAAUUAUCUAUAUUGUCACGCUGCCGCACGUGCUGACAGCGUCAACCUUCGAGCGGUACUGCAUUUCUGGUAAAACACGUGGUCGGUCUGCCGGUCGUAAGUAAGCGUGAAGUAAGUUAAUUGACGCACCUUCAGACUUUUCAUAAUUACAGAUGUACUGUUAUGUUCGCGUACAAAGAUUGCAAUUUUUGCCUUCUAAACUGGAGUAUCUACCAGAAAGCAGACGGGAAAUGCUGAGGGGCCCACUGAUGAGCCGAACCUCUCGCAGCUGUGCCACGCAACUGCAGAGUAUCGGCAAAACACGUGUCUGGACUUUUGGCUAGUACCUGUGCUGCUAGUAUGGUAUCUUGUAACCCUAAGAAAAUUGCAAUUUUAUGUUUGUACAUUCACCCCGAUUAAAUAUUUAUAGCGAGUGCAAACUCUUAAGGUCAAAUCGAUGUGUGAUCCAUAUACCACGAAUGAGCUGUUGCUACCGAUCAAUGGGUUUUUGGGGGCUUACUUUCGUGGUGCCAUGGAAAUAUAGAUCGAAGCCGCGUGACUACAUUUUUCGUGUUCCAUAACUCGGUAGCCUAUGUGGAUUGCCUCCCACUCUGCAGGCGAUACUAAGUCCAUCAGUUUCGCACGCAUAUGGCAAUACCGUCCGGGUUACUUUGUGCAAAGUCGCCUGACUAAUGUGUUAUGGUCCUCUCGGAUGUGUUCAGCCUUAGGAGGAACAUGAAGACAACCGUAACGUUCGAUGUUUAUUCUGUCAUCUUCAACAAGUAUCACAACUGCUUCGAGGGGCAGUUUUGCCUUGCGUGCAAUCCGGUUUAUAGUCAGUCGCAGACCGGUGUCGGGGUGCUGACUAACCGACUACAAUACAAUGUGUUAUAGAGUCGAAUGACGGCACUUGCUUGGCGCGCACGAGUCGGCAUUAAAUGGUCCCAUCCUACUAGCGCAGCGCUGUGGACUAAAACAUCCUUAGACCAAGUUGAGGGCUAAUAAACGUGAACUUGCACGAAAGCCCGACUUUCCGACCAAUGCAAGUCCUGGUAUCAUGCUUCGGACUUCAUGGUACCGCACUUCCAGGCCUCUGACAGUGGGCUGGACUGCAAGUGUACGGGCUGGCUUCUUUGGUAAGGCGAAGUAAUCGCGCAUUGUGUGCCAGACCGCGAGAACUCUUCUUGUACCAAUAACACAGAACACGUUUAUGCCAGCUUUGGCACAGUACUAUGUGGAUGUCACCUACCUCCCCAAGAUUUGCUCGCCGCACAAGGAUUCGUGCAGUGAUAAGCUGUCAGGUUUGGAAAAAAUGCUUCCACCUCUACAAAAGCGUUCUUGAUGACAGCUUCGGUCGAUAUUGUGUCGCAAUCGCCCUUAGUGAAUGGACCGAAACUUAUGUUGAAGCCCGGUGUCAUCGACGAUUUCGUACAUUUGUCUUCUUUGUGCUGCCGCUAAUAUCUCUGUUGUCACGUUACAGCUAGUUACAUUCAGAAAGAGGUCUCCCGUAACCCUGUGUGAUACUUUGGCAUGUUCUAACCAACACACUUGUUGCAUUUUAUGAGAAUGUCGGCAUACAGAAACGUGGUGUAUCUUUACAGCGCUUCCUUUGCCACUAAGAUAGCAAAUCUUCGCGUAGUUGGUGAAAGGCUUCCCGUUUCCACAACUCUGAAACACUUAAUUGUCACGCGCAUCUACCUCCAACACACUGGAGAAUGUAUAUCUACAUGGUUUUCAGCCAAUUCGUCCAUCCAGAGUCAGGGCCGCUAUAUGUAUGUUCGAGCACGGUGGCCAGUUCAGUAUAUGAAGAGUAGUCCUGACCAUUUUCUUAGGAGAACUCUGUUACAACUCGAACCACCGCUUGUUAAAAAGACACGGCCUACUAAGAAGUACGGCAUGGACCGUUUCUGAGGUCCCGCUACUGUCGCAGGCUUUUGUAUGGCUGUCUCUGAUCGCUUUACUGUACUUACGCGGAUAACGGCCACCUCUGGGGGUCCUCAGUCUAAAUCGAUUCCGUUUAACUAAACAAACUGUCCAUGGUAUCUUUUAAGGGGUGCUAGGUUACAACGGACGUCGCCGCAAGGGCUGAUUUAGUGAUAAAGCGAUCUGGCCGCCUGACAACGACAGUGCAAGGACUGCUCGCAUUCGUGGAGAUCUGGACUUUCGGGAAGCUUUCUGUCAGACCACGGCCUUUGUUCAACGAACUCUAGACCACAACUGUCGGAACUCUUGAACGCGCUGUAGCUAACAAUCAUAGCAAGGCACUGUAUCGAAUUCUAGAGCUGAUGCAGUCAACUAUCCGUCUGUUUGAACCCAGGAGCAGCUAAGUUGCGGGUAUAGUGUCCUUGACAAGCAUGACACUUUGUUGAGUGGAGCAUUUUACCCAGCUUCUCUGAACGCCCCCCCCCCCCCUGGUGAGCGCCCCUCUACCAUAAUAUACUCCCGAUCGCAACCGACAGGACAACGAGCCCGUGGCUCAGUGGUUAGAGGCGUUGGUAGCGGGAUCGAGCCCCAGGUGUUCUACACUUCGGGGUUGGGUAUGACUGGCUGAUGACGGCCAAUGAGCCAGAAGUGGCCACUCCAAUCUCCUUUCUCUUUGUGAGUAAUGGUAUCGCAACAAACACCUGGUGAAGACUUCCUUCCAAUGAAAGUAGACAUGUCCAAUCCGACUGUCCUAGUCUACAAGUUAUGCAACUUCCUAGUCCAAAUUACGAAGACCGAGAUCGUGCCAACAGGAUGGUGAGACGCUGUUGCGACGCCAACCUUCAAUAUAGGUGAUGGAUGGUUGUUUAAGAACGACCGUACCACGAGUCUCCCUAAUAUUUGGACUGAAAUAUUCGCAGCCGUCCCUCUCAGUCGCUUCCUCUGGCAUUGUGACGAGCACACAAAGCGAGUCAGUGCUGAUUUUUGCCGAGGCAGAAAUCUGUCGAUCAGUACUUCAAACUUUGUUGAAUUCCCGAACAUUGCUGCUACCAGUUCCCCUGGUUCGUGCUUAAGCCAUUCCACCGCGGUUUCCUGUAGCGUUCUUGCUGUAUGGCUGCAAGUACCCAGAGUUAAUCUGAUUGCUUCAAGCACACAGUCACAGAACAAUGGCAAAGUCCGUGUAAGUGGCGCGGUAGUGCUUCCUUCCAUUUCACCCCUGAUGACUAUCAGUGCUCACAGACUCCAACACGUGCUGGUAGACCACCCCAGUCUUACAACAGGUCAUGGCCUGAACCAUAGGGUUCUUGUCUACGUUGAUGAGGUUCCGGUACUAGUGUGCUCCUCGGCGUAACUGUUAUGUACUGAAUCAUGCAUAGACGCAGAGCAGCUUGUAUGGAUUUUACAAUCAACGGUGAUGAUCGUCUCGUGUUUUACGGCCUGCUCUAUCUGCCCGGUGACGGCAGCGACAAAGUUCCUGGGUUAGGGGACAAAUUUUGCUACCCUGGGUUGAGCGGUCUGCCAACCGAAUGAAGAUAAAGUCGACCACUACUCCAUUCAGGCAUACGUGAGCUUUGUUAAGCCUACAGAUAUCUGAAAUUUGUUUGAGAACAGCACAAAAGUCAAACUGCAAGGAUAUGAGACUUCCUCCUGGACAGAUGUAAGCAAUGGACUACCUCACCUGGAGUCAUUUAGCCUAUUGUGCCUGCCACUCAGUCUCUGAACUUUUAUCAAUAAUAAUGUCUUAAAUCAAUUCAUGCGUUGUCCACCAGGAACUCAAGAAGCCAUAUGUGCUCUCCUUACUAGCCGAACGAGAUGGUUCGGCUAUGUGCUACACCGAUAUGAGGGCAAGACCGUCCGGGACACCAUUUAAGCUGAACCCCACGGUGUCGAGGUGGUCGUCUAAAGGCUUAGUUGAUAUGGUGGAAGCUUACCUUGAGCGCAUCUUUGACCCUACUGACAGCUGGCCUAUUUUCUUUCGGGACUCUGUCUCAAACUAACUGCAACACGAGGUGAUCAUUCGUGACGCGGCAGCCUUCAUACACAACACCAGCUGUCGGUCUUAAGUAAAUGCUAAGAGGAAAACUAGUACGGUUUCGACCUCUUUUCCUCACCCAUAGUAUUCUUGUGGAUGGACAAAUUCGCCGUAUUAUGAUACCCCCGAUGGGUGUCCAGAGGAAAUUUCUACUCGCUCACCUUCGUCAAUAGAUGAAUGCAAACUCCAGGUGAGAAACCAAACCGCGCUGCAAUUAAAUUUUAGAUACCACCCCUUACGUUUAUAAAGUCCGGGAAGCUGUCAACAGCCUUCUUACGUUACUCGGAGGUGGGAUUGUACGAAGUGGCCGCCGCGACAUGAAGACCCGUGCUUAGGUCGUGUCUUAUCUACAUAUGUGGCGGUAGUUAUGUCCUCGCGCGGACGGUGCGCCGCAGGCCUGCUUUACCCCGUUCUUGUCCAGCGCAGCAUAUGGGCUGCCCGUUGUGAGGGCCGCAUGAGGGGUGACAGCAGCAUGAGUCCCGAUCCACCCGAGUCAGUUAUUUGGCCGACAUUGUCCAUCAACGGACGCGACACGGUUUUUCCCCUGCGUUCAGCGUUAAAACAUUGUCUGGGCGGAGUAAGUAGGUACGCGAAGCGCUCGCUAGUGAUAGUAUUUAUAAAGCAAAUUGCCGAGUGCCUAUCACGUCAUCGAUAGUGAAAUUAUGACCAUUAUCAGCUCCAAUACGGGCAGUCGAGCCAUUAUCGUGUCAUAUACAGACAUACGCGACGAAUGUGUGGAUGCUCAUGUUGAUAGUGGGGUGGUAGAAUGGCAGCUACAUCUUGUAAAUACCAUGCCGUCUACGCGUCCGCUACCAUCCUUUGCUGUGUAUGGCUAUAAGCGCGUAAGUAAAUAGCGGCCUCCUACGACGGCUUUUUGUAUGCAUCGAUAAGGCCAGUGUAAACGCGGACGUCCGAACAUUCGUCGCCACCUCUUAUGCGCCACGCAUGCUGGUUCUUCUGCCGACACGAAGCGAACUUUUAACACCGGCAUAUCAAACUUGGAAGUAGACAUAAAUAAAAAACGACAACCAGCCCUCGCAUUAUUGGUUACUAGUCUCCGAACCUGAAUUAUCUAACUGAUUGACGAACGUCUUUUGCAGCGCGCUAAUGGUUUGCUUGCCUAUCAGUUGGAUUGUACCAAAAUGUACUGGACUGGCCUCAGUCUUCCUUAUUUGGCCAUGUUCCAGAGGUACGACUGGGCCAGCCGGCUAGGAAAUUAAGUACGCCAGCUAAUUAUAUACACCCGCGUACCACUUGUGGUGGUUCCUAAAUCGUCUUGAGCAAAUCCUGCAUAUUCAGUAAACAAAAAACGCUUAUCACACCUCACGAACUUUUUCAGCAGCCUGCCUACCGACGAUGUGUCUCGUGUCAUAGACGAUGUAGUUGGCCUCAUUUGUGACUGUCCAGGUAUGGAGAUUGGCAUUGACGGUUAUUUCAGGCUCUGCCGUCCUUUCCAGCCGCUGAGACUGAAUACAGGAGUGCUCGAGAAAUUCCUCCACUUCUUGAUGGAUUGCACCCACAAAAGACUCGAACAGUAUUAAGGUUUCUUCCGCGUAGUAGUGCGAACGUCUCCCCGGCUAUUCUAAUCAUGAACGAGAACGAAGCCGCACCUACGACGAAUUUUACAAAGCUGUUGCCUUCCUUCUGACCAGACGAGGUCACAACAUGCCAAAUCGUCAGUGAAAACCGUUCUCCAUUACCACAGGAAAAGAUUAGUCGGCGCAACCGGUUGCGUUAGUCUAACGUCCUUUAAUUACUAAAUUGUAUCCGAGGGAUUCGCAAAUAAUGCUACCAGUGUCGUCGUCGUCGUGUAAAAACUGGGAAAGCUAAUUGCCUAAAACCAUCGCUGGGCUGAUUCCUUUGUUAAGAAGUAGAAAGGAAGACGGUCUCGUGCAUGUAGGGCGAAAUCUACUAUCUCCCUCCACUUUUUUCUCGUAAAAUAUACAGUGACGUCGUAGUCAAUAUUUCAAGCCUUUGCACGACACUUCGGUCAAAAGUUACUGGUAAAUAGAACAGGAAAUUCAACUUUUUAAUCACAAGUCGAGACUUGGAUAUUUUUUAUUCCAACUUUCGCAUCAGUAAGUCUAUACUUCGACCUGAGCCUAUGAGUCCAGGGCACAGGGCCUUUUUUAAAAUUCGACCUAUCAGCGAAUAUAUUUGUUCCUGAACAGCCGAAAAAAGCUAUUCACUGGUUUAGUAUGCACGACUACUUAAUUCUUCCUUGAUCUUAAUAAAAAACCAGUACUCACAGGAGCAGGAUCAGGCGUGCGUGACAAUGACUAAAGCAGACGAAUUCCAGAAGCAAUCAUGAACUUUUUUGAGGCCAAUGUGUUGUAAUGAUGCAGGAUACACUUGCCAACCUCCUUUUUGGCACGACCGCUAAGGAGGCUUUUACUAGGUAUUCUGAAGGGUACCACUGAACGGUAACUGCGAAGAUGAACCCGCAAAUGAAUUAGUAGACUACUGACCGUCACUGUGAGUCCGUCAAGGCAGCUUGGUUACUUUAACUUUAAGUUAUCCUCACGCUGUGUUAUGAUGCCCGUAGCGAUCUGUUGUCAACCGAUGCAUGCCAAACGAGACGAGCGACAAAAUCGUACUGACCCCAAAUUCUGGCAAGCGAUCCCGUUCAUAAAUCUGUUGUUUUUUUACUAGCUCCUGCUCCCCGACAUCAUGUCUAUGGAUGCCUCGAUUCCUGUCUUGUUGUCAGUCUCUUACGCCGAAACCAAGACCCCUGCCGUUAAUGCCAUUUUGCCAAAAAUUGACCCCACUGUUAUGUUUGUAUUCCUCUUUUGCGAAAAAGUUCAAACUUUUCUGGUUAUCUACUUGCUCGUUACUAUAGUAACAGCACUUAUAAUUUGCAAAAUAUGGCGCAAUACAUUGGCCAUUCGUUAUUUUGACCCACCUUGUUCUGCGUAAUGGGACAAUCGUUUUGGCUAAUAAGCUGUGCACUGAACAUGGCCUGCUGACUAAGAGCAUCUGUGUCUAAAUAUUUAGCCAGCCUGCUUGUUUUUAUUUUUACGCUUUCAAUUUGCCUUUUGCCUCUAAAUUAUCCCUUUUUCUCAACUCCUUCGUUUUGUAGAUUUUGUGAGAUGCAAGUCCACAAGUUCUACACAGAUCGCCCGCAGCGCCUCGACGGCCACAAAGCCGGAAACCGCCAAGCCGGCUCAGCCACCACCACCGUCCCCAACACCUGCUGGGAAAAUCGAGGUGUUUGUAGAUGGGAAACCAGUCCUAUGCGAACCCGGGAUGACAGUUUUGCAGGCCUGCGCCUUGGCAGGCGUUGAAAUCCCACGGUGUGUAGAACCCUGAGCUCGCACUCGAUCAAAUCACUCCCUGCUCUCAUGUGAUUGACUUUUGUUUUUUUUUUUCGUUUGCAGCUUCUGCUAUCACGAACGACUGUCUAUAGCCGGCAGCUGCCGAAUGUGCCUCGUGGAAGUAGAAAAGUCUUUGAAGCCAGUUGCCAGCUGCGCAAUGCCUGUCAUGAAGGGAAUGAGUGUUAAAACCGACUCUCCUAUGACCAGAAAGGCCCGAGAAGGUGUCAUGGAGUUCUUACUUGUCAAUCACCCACUCGACUGUCCAAUCUGUGAUCAGGGCGGCGAAUGCGACCUGCAGGAUCAGGCCAUGGUCUUCGGUUCGGAUAGGUCACGGUUUACAGACAACGCUUUUAGUGGAAAGAGGUAAUUGUCGAUUCUCUUCUCCAUCAAGCUCCUUCUCAUAGGGCAGUUGAAGAUUUCAACAUGGGUCCUCUGAUCAAAACAUGCAUGACGCGUUGCAUCCACUGCACUCGAUGUGUCAGGUAAUUGUUAUUCUUACCUGCCCACCUUACGUAGUGACCUCGCGCCACUCAACUUCCCUUUUUUCCUUUUUUUAAAAACAGGUUUGUCAAUGAAAUCGCCGGUAUUCCUGAUCUUGGUACAACUGGUCGUGGUGGUGAAAUGAAAAUCCACACCUAUGUUGACAAAAUUAUUCGAAGUGAGUUGUCGGGAAAUGUGAUCGAUCUCUGCCCCGUUGGUGCCCUUCUUUCCAAACCGUACUCUUUCGUGGCCCGACCGUGGGAAACUCGCCGAAUUGAGUCGAUUGAUGUUAUGGACGCUAUCGGCUCAAAUAUUGUUAUUUCAAUGCGUACUAAUGAAGUCUUGCGUAUCAUACCCCGUGUGAAUGAGGUUCGUUUCUUUGCCUUUGUUCUAAUUGCUGUCUUCGUACCGACUUUAGUGCUUUCAGUUUGUGCAACCCUUCUUCCACGUGUGUUACACUACUUCCUGUUCCUUCGUUGCGCUUAGGAGGUGAACGAAGAGUGGCUAGGCGAUAAAUCGCGCUUUGCCUGUGACGGCCUAAAACGCCAGCGUCUAGUGAUACCAAUGAAGCGCCCCAAGUCUCACGAACUGCCGGCGCGAUCCUCCUGGGAAGAGGCUCUUAUUACAAUUGGUGAGAAGUUGGUUUCUCUCGGCUCCAAUGAACAAGCCAAAUGUGCACCCAAUCAGAUUGCUGUGGUUGCCGGCCCCUUCACCGACGCGGAAACCCUUACCGCAGCUAAGGAUUUGGUAAACUUGAUGAACUCGGAACUCAUCUUCACCGAGGAGAAGUUCCCUGCGUCUAAGUAAGUUAUCUUCGUGUUCUUGUCUUUUUGGUGAGCCUAGAAUAUGUCCUUACCCCCUAGUUAUUUCUUUUUUAUAGGACCGAUAUUCGCGCCAAUUACCUCUUCAACUCGUGUAUUGCUGGCUUGGACGAUGCCGACUUGGUUCUCCUCAUUGGUACCAAUCCUCGGUUUGAAGCGCCUAUUCUCAAUGCCCGAAUCAGAAAGUGUUGGCUAAACAACGAGAUGGACGUGGCGUUGAUCGGCGGUAAAGUGGAUCUCACCUACGACUACGAGGUAUGCGUCCAACCUCCCAUCUAUUUCCACUCGAUUCUGUUUUUGACCUUUUACGUCCUCAACACUUCUCUUUACAGCACCUUGGUGAUUCAUUGUCAGUCCUUCCGGAUCUCGUUUCGGGCAGCCAUCCCUUUUCGAAGGUAUGUGAAUUUCACUCUUUGACUGACCUUGCAUCUUAUCCAGCUCGACGCAGUUUAUUUGUCAUAUCACAGGUUAUAACUGAAUCUAUGCCUCUAGUUUUUUUCCGAAGAGGCCAAAGGGGUCUCAUUCCAGGGACCUGUUCCCGCUCUCACGUGGCUGUUUUUUUGCAGCGUUUGGCCCAGGCCAAGAAGCCGCUGAUAAUUCUCGGCAACGAAUGCCUCCAGCGUGAUGACGCCCAGGCUGUUCAUACCGCGGCAAUGCAGCUUGCUUGCAAGUACGCCAAAACACCAGAUGCUGGUGUCUCGAGGUUCAACGUCCUCCACCGAGUAAGCUUUUCCUUCGUCUGGUUGGUUUUUCCUCCGCUCAGAGAAUCUUGGUCUAGUGCAUUGUCGCUGCUUUACUUGCAAAUGCCAUCAUAUGGACGCAUAAAACCUCAUCUACCAUAUUCUUUACGCAUGCUGGCCGCUAUGCAAUCAAUUAUUCAAGUUUUUGAUGUCACUGCCACUUCGGAGUCUGUUAAGUAGUACGUGCCUAGAGCACCGCCUUCUCACGACGUCAGGUGUUCCUGGUCGUAGCCCGAAAGACGUGGGCUCGUAGCCCAAGUGACCGGGGUUCAUGUCACAAGUAUUUCUGACUCGAGGUUGGGGUAUGACCGCAUGCGAGUCAGAGGUGACCAUUUCGAUCUGCUAUGUCAUCUUCGGUACUCCUUUGCCCUUGAAAUUGCAUCUUGACAGUAGUUACGGGAAGCUGUCGUAUGCCUUUGCACCUAACAUGAAUGCUAUUCCUGUUCAUAGGGCUAUCAUUAACUAGAGGUUACGAGUUAGUAUAUCUUCAGGGAUUAGUGAACUUGUGCAAAGAAUACCUCCUACACCGUUGCCUUCAGCAGCAUCCGGUGGGGCCAAGAGGAUCCAUUAUCUAUCUCAUCUGCCGUCACCCAAAUUCCUUCUAACCAUUUGUGUCCUUUUUUCCAUCGCUUUAACUCAGGUCGCAAGUACAGUUGCGGCUCUCGAUCUCGGCUACACACCUGGUGUUGCAUCUCUCAAGGCCGCCAAACCACAAGUGGUCAUUCUUCUGGGAGCAGAUCAGGGUGUAUUGACCAGAAACGAUCUCCCAGAUGAUUGUAUGGUCAUUUACAUCGGUGAGUCGCGUUUAUGCUCGUCAAACACUAUGGUUGAUCUUUUCUUCGCGUGCGAUCAUGCUCUUCACACCUCCUCCCCCCCUUGCAUCCAGGCCACAACGGUGAUGCCGGCGCAACGAUGUCUGACAUUAUUUUACCUGGAGCCGCCUACACCGAGAAGAAUGCUACCUAUGCCAACACUGAAGGCCGUGCUCAGCGAACCCUUCCUGCUGUUACGCCUCCAGGAGACGCCAGAGAAGACUGGCGAAUAAUUCGUGCCAUCGCCGAGGUCUCCGGCAUCCCUCUGCCGUAUGACGAAAUUGGCCAACUGCGCCAGCGCAUGGGUCAAAUAGCUCCAGGUCUCUUGGAGGUUGGAAACGUUCAGACCUGUGAUUCAGUAGCUUGUCAAGUGACAGCUAAUCAUGCCAAGGUAUAUAUUUUUCCCUCCGGAAUACCCUCAUACCGCCGCCUCUCUUUUUGUACGAUUUUCAUAAUCACUUGGGAUUACGUACUGCUGCCAUCUAUGGUCCUCACAAUCCAGCAAGUUGCCGUUACAAUGCAUAGUUACCGCUUAUCUGGCCGGUGCACAACGUAUUUGUCUGGUUGCUAAAGAUUCAGCGGCAUAUGUAUUUAUUAAUAAUUCGACCACGCUAGUUAAUUAGCUUUACGCUUCUUAGACUCUGGUGAUCUCGGUUGGCCUGUACACGUUCUCAAUCCUUACUAACUGGGUUCGUUAUCAGUAUUACAGCAACAGUUAGACGGAUAUGGCGGCGGAGUUCAGUUUUUGACGUACGACCCGCACCACGCUGUGAUAGCGCCCCCAUUUGAUCAUAGGGUGGACUGACGGAGUCUAAUAACGACAAUAUAGACUAGACUGCAUGAACAAAUAUGCGAAAGUCCCGGUUUUACGCUCAUUCCUUUACCUUGUCGACAAAAUCUGCAACAAGACAGUUUUACUUAGCUCUUCUGUGGGUGCUGGCUCGAGUAUGAUAGCUGCCACUCUUCAGUCUAAAGGUGAGAGUUGUGAACAUUCACAUAGCAAUAUUCAGAAGACAAAGUGGCGAGCCUUGAUCAAGCUGCAGCAGGGGUUCGCACAGCAUUCUCUACUAACCCUAUUUUACGCGGAGAAGGCAAGGAUAGGUUGCCACCUCAAUGUGCAUCUACUCAUUCACUUGCUCCUGUGGCGCAGGUUAUAUUGGUCGUACGAUUCGGCGCCUUUCCAAAAGAAUAUGAGAGCACCUCCCGCAUGGCUGGCAAAAUGUGAAACUAGGAGAAUAGACUGCGCCAUCCUUGCGUAUGCAGUGGAUUCAGGACAUCGUGUGGACCCCGCUGAAGCAUUUCGUGUGAUUUAUAAGGUCCCCUCGAGCUACCCUAAGUUACUGGGCCAACGCCUGUUAGCAACAGCAGAAGUGACCGCCAUCAGGUUACAAAAACCGACCCUAUGCGCCCAGAAGAACCUCGUUCAGGCUCCGCGCUUACCGUGGUCAAAGGUUGACCAACCAAAUACAAUUUUCUGCGUCCUUCCGCUCUUGCAUGACCUCUAUUUUAAAACUAACUUUAUCGUUAACUUUAACUUAAAACUAACUUUAAUUUUUCAAUCAUUGUACUCCGUUCCCACAUUAAUGUACCGGCCUGAGGAUAAUUUAUUGAAAGUAACGUUUGCUCGCCACUUUGUCUUGUAAAGUUAGACCCAAAACUAAACAGGACCAGCGCUGGGGGGGUAAAUGUCCCUGCUAGCUUGCGGUGCUGGUUCCGUUUUUUUGACAGGAAAUUGCCCCUCUUAGCGCAGUUGACGAUCAGAUAUUUCAACCAUGGCGCGUACACCAUAGUCCUGCAGUUGUCCAAAAGUUCGAUUAAGACGGGAUCUAUCAAAGGGCGGUCGCGGGGCGGCGGAUCGAUCGGGGUGUGGCUUCCUGUAGUAUCUGUGUUCGGAGGUCUACGUCCUCACGCGCCUCUCCUGCCUGCCAGUUUAAGGUUACAGAACUACUGGGCGGUGGUACAUGAAGUUUUAUUUGACGCCGGACAACAUGCCGUAAUACCGUUGAGGUUUAGGAUCAGUUUGUAGGUAACCCAUAUUCCGGCUUGAUGCCUAGCCGAACCUAGAGGUAUUAAUUCCAUAUGCUCCAUUACUGCUUAUAUAUCAGACCUCGGGAACCCACGUCCAUCCGUAUUGUGGAAUAUCUUUUGGCAAGCUGCAUUAGCUACGUUGACUUAUCUUCAACCAAAACUCUGAGCUUUUAAGCGGGACCGGGUAUCAUUGAUCUCGAUUUGGGGUCCUGCUUCACCAACACCCUACUCUUAAAGGCUCGGAUCUACUGGUACGCCGUUUUGGCCUGGGACACGGUUGUUUUCACUUUCUUUGGCGUUGACAUGGUCUAUUUAAAUUUUCUCUCCGUACAAAUGGCCCAGCUUGUUUCAAGUGGAGGCUUCUGCUCUUCGAACAGAUGGCUCCAACCGUGUGGUGGGAGCAAAUCGCGACCUUCUAUUGUCUUUGCUUCUUGUUUUCACGUUCUUUGACCAUCACAUGUCUUGAAGGCAUUACUUACGAUUACAUGCUCCCUACAAGUUCUGCUGUGCCUUAAUUCGUUCGCAAAAUUCUCCGAAUCAAGUAAAAUGUAGUAUUUAUAUUAUUUAGUUUUUUUACGACGCAGUAGAGUAAUAUUGAACUGCAUCCCCACCAUCUCGUCCGUAUCAGUUAAACCGCUCUCUGGCUCUUCGGUGACGACUUCUUGGAUAAGGCUUGUUUGAUUGGAGUCGCUUUCGUUACAAUGAUAACCCGUGCUUUCAUCCCUUCCAUACCCUUUUCUUCCAUUUAGUUUUUAAUGACCUAUUAUGUUUGCCCUCAUAAUACUACCACCUUUUUCUGUUUCGCAGGAAUUGUUUGCGACUGAUUCUACAAAACUGAACACGAAAAAGGCCCUUUCGCCAAGUCUGAAGGUUCUUACCGACUACUUCAUGACGGAUUGCAUCAGCCGAGCCUCGCAAACAAUGGCUCGAUGCGUAAAGGCCUACUCCGCCCAACCAGGAGACCCCUGA